AUGGCCCUUUCGCCAGCCCCUGAUCGUGAGUAUUCCUUUGUUCCUGAUCGAAUGUCGACUUCCUACUUGUUAUUUGCAAAACUUCUUAUUGGGACCGCUUCCACCGCUCCGUGGCAGCAGUGGAUAGGUCCCCUCGGUAUGUACAUAUCUCUGACCGUCUACCCCAUAUAUGGAAUAACAAUUCUACUUCAGAUCGUCGAGAUCGUUGUAUCGGACCAAAGUCUUGGUCUUAGGUGUCUUCCUCCGGAUGACAUCGAGCACCAGCUGUGGGCUUUCCAUUACUUGCAGUUAUC